ACAGUGAUAUCAGACGGGCGUAUAGCCACCGUUGCGCAUGCGCACAGAGCAGCAGAACUGACAUCGCGGGGCAGCACUGCAAUAUCCAUCGAUUCGGGACCGAGAAUUAUCCAUCUGCAUUCUCGUAAGACUGGUGCCACCUGUACAUACUAAUCCAUACCAACUGUGUCACUGAAGCAACAAUGUCCAUGGGAAGUGACUUUGGGAACCCUUUACGGAAAUUCAAACUUGUUUUUUUAGGGGAGCAAAGCGUUGGGAAAACAUCGCUGAUAACAAGGUUCAUGUAUGACAGCUUUGACAACACUUAUCAGGCAACUAUUGGAAUUGACUUUUUAUCAAAAACCAUGUAUCUGGAGGACCGAACUGUGAGGUUACAGCUAUGGGACACCGCAGGGCAGGAGCGUUUUAGGAGUCUUAUCCCAAGCUACAUUAGAGACUCCACAGUGGCUGUGGUGGUGUAUGAUAUUACAAAUGUCAAUUCAUUCCAGCUUACCUCCAAAUGGAUUGAUGAUGUCAGAACAGAGAGGGGAAGUGAUGUCAUUAUCAUGCUGGUGGGCAAUAAAACAGAUCUAGAGGAAAAGAGGCAAAUCACUAUAGAGGAGGGCGAGCAGCGGGCCAAAGAGCUGAAUGUGAUGUUUAUAGAGACUAGUGCAAAGACUGGCAGUAACGUUAAACAGUUGUUUCGGAGAGUGGCUGCAGCUUUGCCCGGAAUGGGGAGCUUAGAUGAUAACAACAAAGAAGGAAUGAUCGACAUUAAGCUGGACAAACAGCCAGACCCUCCGGCCACUGAGAGUGGGUGCUCCUGUUAGUAAAAAGUGGUUCGGACCUUCAUUAUCACCACAUGCUUGUUCUGUUGCUUCCUAUGGGUCCACGUCCAGUUGAACUUUAUGAUCGGAUAUAGGCUUUUUACAUCUGAAUGGGUCUUAAAUUAUAUUCCUUAAUCUACACUGUCUGUUUAAUUGCCAAAAUAAUAUCAUAGGUAAUUCAAAGCGACUAGCUAACAGAUUCAUAUAAGACAGGAAGUGGCAUGUGUACCAUCUUCGGACAAAAAAAACAUUCAGAGUGGAUUAUCGGUUGUUAUGUUUUGUAUUUUUGUACAUUACAAAAAAGCACUAAAUGAUGCCUUCACAAAGAAUGAGUUUAAGAGAGGCGACAAAGGAACUGUCUUUCAUCCAUAGCAUGCAUGUAAGACAACUUUUAGAAUCUGUCAUGUCUUUUGGUUUAUACACAUCGAUAGUAAUGAAAUGAAGAAAUCUGAAUUAAUGAAAACAAAAAGAAAAAAGAGAGAGGUCCUGUUCAAAGUCUUAGUGUGGGUCUGUGUAUACAGUACUUCCUACAUGUAAAUCCAGUACCAGCCUCCACGAGAGGUGUGUGUACUAACCCGGCUAACCUUUAAAGUGCUGUGGCACUGUUGCAAAGAACCACUGGAUUUUUUCUGCUAGCCUCAUGUAUACACUUAAGAUCCGCCAGGCGGUACUGUAUUGUAUAUAGUAUUUAAAUUAUUGUGAACAUCCAUCAUUUAGACGUGGUUUAUGUUCACUUGUAUAAAUAUUUACUUUUUUUCCUUUUAAUACGACAAGGGCUUCACUUUUAUUUUCUCAGUCUCACCUGUAGCCACACACUGGUAGUAAAGUAUUACUUCUGAUUUGGGCAUUUUGCUAUUGACUUAUACUGUUUUACUCAUCCACCGAUUUCUUUUUUUUUUCUAAAAGAAUACUAUUAUUCUUGUUAAAUCCCUUUCUGAUGUUUAACAGAACUAUGUGGGUUGAUUUUUAUUUUUAAUUGUUUAAAUAUAAUUUAACCAACUAGAACUAAUAAGAAUGAGAUACGCAUCAUUCAAAGCAAUUUUGAGGUGAGCCUUAGGAAACAACAGAUUUUCAUUUCAAAUACAUGCACUUUCUUCUGGGUUCUGACUAGGAAAUGUAUAGUUCACCACAUCCUAAAGUGAUGAAACAGACAAAUGAUUGUUGUAUCCUUCAUAUAUCCUGUGUAGUAAAGCUCUCAUAGUCUCCUGCACAUCUUGAAUGGAUGUGUAGAUUAAAAUUCAAAAUGCUAGUUGUAGGUGAACACUUCAUCUGAGGGAAUCCUAAAACAUGAAGACCUUUUUUCAAACAGAACUGCCUGUCAUCCGCUCACAAUAUUCUGGUUGUUGCAACAGUACGUUCAAGAAAUGUGAGUUGUUUACGAAUCUCUGGAAACAUAGUAUCUUUAAUAUUUAUUGUAUUUGUUUUUGGUUUAUAUUUUGAAUUGUUUACAUAAAUGCACUGAUUGUAUAGAGAUUCAUUUAGGAUAUAUUAGGUAUUUAUAAUAUAUUAAAUGUUAUUGCGAGUUUC